AUGUCCAGUACUCGAGUUAAAGAAACUGUGAUUGACGAAGCAAUCACGACUCAACCACUGCCACUCCGUUGGUCACCUCAACCACCAACUCAAACGGACUCCGACAAGAAGUGUUGCGGAUCAUGUUGUCUGUGUCUUCAAGUCGUUGCGUGCGUUGCCGAAAUCUUUUGGGCUCUCUGUCCAUGCCGUAAAAGUGAAUAA